AUGGAGCUACGUCAUCGGAAGCCUACAGUCACCCAAUACACCGAGGAAACGUCUCUAGACCUGUCAAGCUGCCCACAGGAGUCUGCGUGUCCCACCAUCGCGCACACUCUCGCCCACCAGGAGGUGCGCUCCACUGAGACUGCUCUACAGGACCUGCGCCGAAUGGGACAACAACCGCCAACCAGGACCAGACGCACUCUCUCCAUUCUCUAUGAUCUCUCCUUUCCUUGUCUCUGCGUCUCUCGCAUCACUUAUCACUGA